GCCCGUAAGUUGCAAGCCGCGCCGAACUUAUUUACCCACCCUUGUUGUAGUAAGCAUAUACUAGUGUUAAAUUAUUAAUUACUACGUUACUUUGAUGAUAUGGUGGCUCCUAACUGCCCCAUCAGUGGGGAGAAGUUGAAGAAACUCUUCGACACGUUCGACGCUAACAAAGAUGGGCAUCUCUGCCUGACGGAGCUGGUGGCGUGGAUCACCGCUGUAGAACCCGAAUUGAAUCACAAUAUUAAUAGGAUUCCGGACGUCCUGUCGGAAUACCUCCGCCAUUUCAACUAUUAUAUAUUAGGUUCCCUAGGUUUAUACUAUGUGGGCUUCAACCUAAUUUAUGUGCACCGAAAACGUGACAUUGAUCGUGACUUCGACACCGUCGGCCAGCUCCAGCCAAAAAAAAAACAUUAUUUAUGCAAUUCAGCAUCAGUCCAAAUCUAGUUGCCCCAUAAGAGAGGAGAGGAUGAAGAAAAUCUUUGACAAGUUCGACGCUAACAAAGAUGGCUAUCUCAGCAUGAUGGAGCUGCUGGAAUGGAUCAUGGCCGUAGAACCCGAAUUGGACAACAACAUUCAAAAGAUUCUGGACAAACUGUCAGACUACCUCGGCAGUUACUCUUUUAGUCUAGCUUGUUAUAAAGUCCUAUGCUAUAGUGGCUUCACUCUCAUUUAUGAGCAACAAAAACGUGACCUUGAUCGAGACUUCGACACCCUCCAAUUCCACCAAGAAAAUACGUAUGCAAUUCAGCAACAGCAGUGUUUAAAGAGGGUCGGUCUAUCACCCACAAAGACAAUAGAGAAGAAGAAGAAAACGACACACCAAGUUCAGGUGAACAAUUACAGAAGCACAGUGCAACAAGUGAAUGCUGUGGAAGGCGUUAAGUCAAAAGGAGUGUAUGAAGGGCCUGAUUCUCAACUGGCUGCGACUCUUGAAAAUGAGAUCUUGGAUACUAAUCCGCGGGUGAGAUGGGAUGAUGUUGCAGGACUGAAUGAAGCAAAGAGGCUUUUACAGGAAGCAGUGGUACUCCCACUGUGGAUGCCUCAAUAUUUCGAGGGUAUCAGGAGACCUUGGAGAGGAGUUCUUAUGUUUGGUCCUCCUGGCACAGGGAAAACACUCUUGGCCAAAGCUGUCGCUACAGAGUGUGGGACAACAUUUCUGAAUGUUUCUUGUUCUUCGUUGUGUGCAAAAUGGUACGGUGAAAGUGAACGAUUGGUGCGGUGCUUGUUUGAUCUUGCCCGUGCUCGUGCUCCAAGUACAAUUUUCAUUGAUGAGAUUGAUUCUCUUUGCAGUGCCAGAAGGGCUUCUGGAGAGCAUGAAGUAUCCCGAAGAGUGAAGUCUGAACUUCUAGUUCAGAUCGAUGGGUUAAACAACUCCACUAAUAAUACUGCAGGCAAACCGGUGGUAGUUUUGACAGCAACAAAUUUCCCCUGGGCUCUUGAUGAGGCACUAAGGAGGCGGCUAGAAAAACGGAUUUACAUACCGCUUCCUGAUUUUAAGAGCCGUAAGGAGCUGAUAAAGAUAAACUUAAAAUCAAUCGUGGUCCAAUGAAUUCCAACUUAUGGAAUCCUACCAGCUCAAGACGCCGAAGGACUUUCAGUUGGCCAAGCGAUGGAAUUUCUUUGCACUUUUUGCAGCCACUUAAUUUCAACUUGACCAAAUAUGGUAGCAGCUCUUCGUUGAACCAUGAAGGAAACCGAGUCCCCAAGUAGUCAACUACCUCUAAGGUUUUCAAGUUAGCAUGAGGUUGAAGACCAUCCAACACAUACUCAUCAUUGUUUUCGCAUCCUUCUGGUUCACGAUGGGACCAUAAAUACGCCAGCUUGCAGAUAUUUGGUUUCUCCUGUAGAUAUGCUCUUCCAGAUUCUUCUCUAUUACGGACCAUUUGUAGACAAUUGAUCGUCAAUUUACCUCUAAGGUUUUUCAAAUGACCUAAUUCUUCUAUUCGAUGACCUUUCUCUGCACCCACAUUGAAA